GGCGGGGAGAGAGUCAAUUCACAAACCAACCCCUGAUUGUUUGUGCUGGACUAGUUUCAAAACAAGCUGUGACAUGGAGGUCAGCGCCGAGGCCAAGAGGAUCAUGGUGGUGGCUUUGGGGAAACUGUACAGCUCCCGCAGCCAGCGAGGGGGUGUCCGUCUCCACCGGAGUCUCCUGCUGACUCUGGUGAUGAAAUCCGCCCGGGACAUCUACCAUGCGGCCCAGCCGACGCCAGAAAGUGAGGCAUCAGGAUAUGAACACCCGGCGGCUCAGGGGACCACGGUGCCCGCUGGCGCUCAUGUGGAACUCCAGGGUCCCGCUCUGCUUGCUACCGUACAGCCACGGACUCUACCCGGAGAGGAGGUCGCAGUCUCCCCCACAGAGGGAACCGGCGCAGAAAACAAGGAGAACCAGUGCCCGACUGGCCCGGCACAGCAUUCGAGGAAAAGAAGAGGCAAAGCGGCCGCUGAGCCGGACUUCCUGCCUUGCAAGAAAGCAAAACUUGAACAGGGAAACUGCCCUCAACAGCUUAUUGUAAAUUCCGUUUUGAUGGACUAUGUGAACUGCAGCAGUGAGCUGGGAGCACCACCAUCCCCCAUGCCUCUACAGAGAGCCAUUGCAGCGUGUUGAAACCCUGAGCAGCCUCACAUUAAAGUGCAAGAAACUUCGACACAGCCUUUAAGAGCAUGAACGCUCCUACAGUGCACCUGUCAUAGGGUCACUUGGAUGAACACCCGGGAUAGUUUUUCCUGAAAGAGCCAGACAUGACUCUGAACAAGCCGGGGCAUGUCACAGGAAUCACGGAAGCAGACCAGUUGGUGUGAAGUCGUCCCAGUGACUUUUGGCCUAAAUAUGUGGCACAGCUGACUACAGGGACUGACUUCAGCUGUUCAAGGCAGACCUACAGGAAGUGGUUCAUCUGGACCGGCCCUUGGACUGCCUUUAUGAACAUUUGCAGAUGUAUCGUUUUGAGUGUGUUGAGGCCUACAUGUUGACUGAACAUGGGGGGUGUGCUGAUGAAUUCAAGUGUAAAACAUUCAAUGACAACAACUACCUCAUUAUUUA